AUGUUAGUGUGGGAGGUCUUAGUGUGGGAGGUCAUAGUGUGGGAGGUCUUAGUGUGGGAGGUCUUAGUGAAGGAGGUCUUAGUGUGGGAGGUCUUAGUGAGGGAGGUCUUAGGUGUGGGAGGUCUUAGUGAGGGAGGUCUUAGUGUGGGAGGUCUUAGUGAAGGUCUUAGUGAGGGAGGUCUUAGUGUGGGAGGUCUUAGUGAGGGAGGUCUUAGUGUGGGAGGUCUUAGUGUGGGAGGUCUUAGUGAGGGAGGUCUUAGUGAGGGAGGUCUUAGUGUGGGAGGUCUUAGUGAGGGAGGUCUUAGUGUGGGAGGUCUUAGUGAGGGAGGUCUUAGUGUGGGAGGUCUUAGUGAGGGAGGUCUUAGUGUGGGAGGUCCUAGUGUGGGAGAUGUUAGUGUGGGAGGUCUUAGUGUGGGAGGUCUUAGUUUGGGAGGUCUUAGUGUGGGAGGUCUUAGUGUGGGAGGUCUUAGUGAGGGAGGUCUUAGUGUUGGAGGAGGUCUAAGUGUGGGAGGUCUUAGUGUGGGAUGUCUUAGUGAGGGAGGUCUUAGUGUGGGAGGUCUUAGUGAGGGAGGUCUUAGUGAGAGAGGUCUUAGUGUGGGAGGUCUUAGUGUUGGAGGUCUUAGUGUGGUAGGUCUUAGUGAGGGAGGUCUUAGUGUGGGAGAUCUUAGUGUGGGAGGUCUUAGUGAUGGAGGUCUUAGUGAGGGAGGUUUUAGUGAGGGAGGUCUUAGUGAGGGAGGUUUUAGUGUGGGAGGUCUUAGUGUGGGAGGUCUUAGUGUGGGAGGUCUUAGUGAGGGAGGUCUUAGUGUGGGAGGUCUUAGUGUUGGAGGUCUUAGUGUGGGAGGUCUUAGUGAGGGAGGUCUUAGUGUGGGAGGUCUGAGUGAGGGAGGUCUUAGUGAGAGAGGUCUUAGUGUGGGAGGUCUUAGUGUUGGAGGUCUUAGUGUGGUAGGUCUUAGUGAGGGAGGUCUUAGUGUGGGAGAUCUUAGUGUGGGAGGUCUUAGUGAUGGAGGUCUUAGUGAGGGAGGUUUUAGUGAGGGAGGUCUUAGUGAGGGAGGUUUUAGUGUGGGAGGUCUUAGUGUGGGAGGUCUUAGUGUGGGAGGUCUUAGUGAGGGAGGUCUUAGUGUGGGAGGUCUUAGUGUUGGAGGUCUUAGUGUGGGAGGUCUUAGUGAGGGAGGUCUUAGUGAUGGAGGUCUUAGUGAGGGAGGUCUUAGUGUGGGAGGUCUUAGUGAGGGAGGUAUUAGUGUGGGAGGUCUUAGUGAGAGAGGUCUUAGUGAGGGAGGUCUUAGUGCGGGAGGUCUUAGUGAGGGAGGUAUUAGUGAGGGAGGUCUUAGUGUGGGAGGUCUUAGUGAGGGAGGUCUUAGUGUGGGAGGUCUUAGUGUGGGAGGUCUUAGUGAGGGAGGUCUUAGUGAGGGAGGUCUUAGUGCGGGAGGUCUUAGUGAGGGAGGUUUUAGUGUGGGAGGUCUUAGUGAGGAAGGUCUUAGUGAUGGAGGUCUUAGUGAGGGAGGUUUUAGUGAGGGAGGUCUUAUUGAGGGAGGUCUUAGUGUGGGAGGUCUUAGUGUGGGAGGUCUUAGUGAGGGAGGUCUUAGUGUGGGAGGUCUUAGUGUUGGAGGUCCUAGUGUGGGAGGUCUUAGUGAGGGAGGUCUUAGUGAUGGAGGUCUUAGUGAGGGAGGUCUUAGUGUGGGAGGUCUUAGUGUGGGAGGUCUUAGUGAGGGAGGUCUUAGUGUGGGAUAUCUUAGUGUGGGAGGUCUUAGUGUGGGAGGUCUUAGUGAGGGAGGUCUUAGUGUGGGAGGUCUUAGUGAGGGAGGUCUUAGUGAGGGAGGUCUUAGUGUGGGGGGUCUUAAUGUUGGGGGGUCUUAG